AUGGCCAUCACCGAUCUGGAGUCUUCGAUUUGUCCUGGCGGCAGCACCUCGUGCUUCCUCACUUGGUUGGCUGACGGCCCUGCUCUCCCUAAUGGUGUCCUGGACCAGAUCGGCGUCCGGCGCGGGAAGCUCGGGGUGGUCGCAGGUUCGGGCGCCAUCUCCUUUCUUCCCGUACACUGGGAUCAAACAGCCCGCGGCCUGGCGGUGCCGGCCUGGAUCCGAAGGCAGAUGGACCAGAUCCUGGAGCUGGGCACGAAGGAGCUCGAGGUCGACGACUCCGGCUUCGUCCUCCUCCUCUGA